ACGUCGCUCAUCCCGCCCGAUUACUCCGUAGAGAGAACUCGGCGCUAUGGAAGUGACGCAUUUGCUAAUCGUGUAUCUUUUUAUUGGCUGGUGUGUGCUGUUGGUGCACACCGAAGGGAACGCCGAAGGGAAGGCCGAAGUCGUCGGGGGGGUCACCGAGGCGCCGAUCACCGAGGACCAGCAGAAGGUGUACGAUGAAUGUCGGAAUCCGGAUUACAAAAAAUACGUGAAGUGUUUAAUGAGGCCGAAAAGGCACGGGCACCACACGAGCCACGGAGACGGCCCGCCGGAAACUGAUCCCGCCCACUGUCUGGAAACAUGCCUAAAAAAGUGCGACCAUCAUUUGGAUCACGAAUGCGAAAAGAAAUGUAGUUCCUGCAUGAAGAGAACCAGGCACAGGCAUCAGAUCAUUACGGAAUACGAAACGGAAUGCGCGUCCGGGAAUUGCGGUCCAGCCAAUGACGGGCUAAGGACUACUAAUAUAACGACAAAUAUUGGCAUUAACAAUAUCAUUAAUCCUUUCGCAGGGUGUAUUAAUGGUAGCGGAAUCAAUUGUACUGGAGGCUGCUGUCCACCCGGUUGUGGUCAACCUGGAUUCCCUCCCUGUCAACCUGGAAUUCCUCCCGGAAUCCCUGGAUAUCCUCCCGGAACCCCUGGAUAUCCUCCCGGAACCCCUGGAUAUCCUCCCGGAACCCCUGGAUAUCCUCCCGAAGUCCCUAAAUAUCCUCCUGGAUAUCCUCCAUAUCCUGGAUAUCCUCCAUAUCCUGGAUAUUUUGGAUAUUCUGGAUAUCCUGGGACUGUACCAUCAAUCCCUAUAGUACCUCAAAUCUCGUUAGUACCGCAAAUUACGUAUGGGAUAGGAUUUGGAGCUGCAGGUGGGUGCGCGUAUAAUCAGUGGCUUUGCAUUCAACAAACUGGAAUUCAGGGAGUACAGCCUGACUGCUCUGGAUGCGGCAAUCCUGUCUUACGCUAUAGAUGUGACGUAAAUUGUUACGCAACUUACGCCAACACACCGACCAAACUACCUUGCAAAAGUCCGGAAUGCGUUGGUGGUUCCACAUAAAAAUUUCUCGGAUUUAUUCAAAGACAAAUAUUGAGGACGAAGAAUUUUUUUUAUUGCUCAGAUUAUUUACAUUUAUGCAAUCUAUAUUAACAGUGACCACUCGAUAAGAAAAAAUGUAACCGUGAAAUGUAAUUCUAGAUUUACCAUGAAACAGUCCCUCACGUAUUAUUCGCUCUAAUAAUUACCCGUGUUCAAUUUUUCAAUCUUAACUUAUGAAAUAAAGACAACAUUAUUUCUCUUUUAUAAA